CACAGUGAUCAAAGUUUGUAUAUAACUUUAAUAGACGUGAAAGACUGGUACACGGAAUAUUUUACACUUAGCAAUAGCUAGUGGCUAUCUAGCAAGUUUGGUCUAGUCAGGUCCGUGGAAAAAAUGAUACUAUCGAAGAGCGAAGUAACUUACAUUAACAUUUUAAUUUGAGAUUAUUUAUCGUUAGGUACAUUCAUACUUGGGUAAAAUGUUUUUGCCAACAUACUUAUUUCUUUCUAGUCGUUAGCGAUAACAAGCAUUUUUUGGAGGUCAGAACGAAAGUAUACCACAAAAUGAUUGGUGACAAUAAAGAUUCCUGCGUCAGUAAAUCACCUACUGGGAGAAAGCUGGAAGAGAUUUUGGAGAAAAUUGGAGGAUUUGGGUUGUAUCAAAAAUGGAUAUUUGUCUUAACUUGUUAUCCAUAUUUUCUGGCAGGAUUCUUCAUGUUGAAUCCAGUUUUUAUUCUUGGAGUUCCGGAACACCGAUGUGCCAUUCCUGGAUAUGCCAAUGAUACAUACGAGAUACAGGGGGAGGAGCAUCUUCAUUUGAUCAACUUGACCAUACCAAGAUCUACAGUAGAAGGUAGAGAGUAUGACAGAUGUCAAAUGUUUGAGUACCAAAACAACAGUUUGAUACUUAACUGGUUGAAUACAACAGACAGCAGGCCAAUGGUGAAGUGUAACAAGUGGGUGUAUGACAGAACAGUGUUCACAAACACAUUUGCAGCUCAGGUAGAUCUGGUGUGCGACAAGGAAAUAUGGGCUGCAAAUGCAGGAAUGAUCUUCUAUGCUGGAAUGCUGUUUGGAUCUGUGAUAAGUGGGGUGCUAGCGGAUCGAUAUGGACGUAAACCUGUGAUGUAUGUAUCAGUGUUAGUUAUGGCAGCAGCUUCUAUUGGUCUGGCAUGGGUUACUGUGUACUGGCUGUUCUGUUUGCUGGAAUUCAUUAUUGGAGCUGCAAUAACUGCAUCAUUUAUGCCCGGAUAUGUCAUAUCCAUAGAGAUAACAAGUUGUAAGAAGAGAUUUUGGCCUGGAAUGGUUUCCAACUACCCAUAUGCAAUCGGUUUACUCGUUCUAGCGGGAAUCGCAUACGGAGUCCGAGACUGGUUUUAUAUAGAACUGUACACAUCAUUUCCUGGCAUAAUCAUGAUUUGCUACUGGUGGUUGAUACCAGAGUCACCUAGAUGGCUGCUGACAGAAAGGCGUGUCAAGGAAGCUGAAGCAGUAAUAAGAACUGCUGCAAAAUGGAACAAAGUCGAGCUGCCUUCUGGAGAUUUAUUUGACAAGAAUUCUGUGGUGGAAGACAAAUCAAACGCCAGCUUUGUACAGCUUUUUACACAUAAAGUACUAUGCAUAAGAACUGUCCUUAUAUUUUUCAACUGGAUGGUUGUUGCUUUGGCAUACUUUGGGCUUGCUUUAAACUCUGGCAACUUGAGUGUAGAUCUUUAUCUUAACUUUGGUUUAUCAGGACUUGUUGAGUUCCCAGCAUAUCUCAUAGCAACGUACGUUGUGGAACGUUUCGGGCGCAGGAUUCCAUAUUGUAUUUCAAUGAUUAUUGGAGGAAUUUCAUGUGUUUCAACAAUCUUCUCAAUAAAGUAUGCUCCAGAAGGUUCUGAAGUGAUAACGCUAGUACUGGCACUGAUUGGUAGACUAUGUGUAACUGCAGCCUUCUCUAUUGUUUAUAUACACAGUGUGGAACUGUUUCCAACUGUUGUACGUAAUGCUGGAAUGGGUGGAGCCUCAGUGUUUGCCAGGGCAGGGACAAUGAUUGCACCUUACAUUGUCAUCUUGGGUGAGUCAAUAAGCGGCGCAAUGGGAGAAGCCUUACCUCUAAUAAUAUUUGGUGCCGUAUCGUUGAUAUCAGGAAUAACAUCACUAUGGUUACCAGAGACACUGAAUAGAGAUCUUCCUGAAACUGUAGAAGACGGGGAAAAGUUUGGAAGGUAUAACGAGCUGUUAUUUUACUCUGCGUUUAGCUAUCUGGCUCACACUUUACAGUUUAACUGUAAACUCACUCUGUUUACUCUGCCUUUAAUUUAGCUUUUUGAUCCACUCACUCUCAGUCUGCCUCUGCCUAUAUGGUAUACUCAGUCGCAGUAGUUGUUACGUUACUCUUCCUAAAACGGUUUUGCUAAGAUAGUAUCAAUUGUUGUUAACUUAUUCUGCCUUCUCAGUUCAAACUGCUGUUAACUUACUCUGCUUUAAUUAAACUAUUUUGUCCGCUUUGUGUCGAAUGUUGUUAAUUUUACUUAGGGUCUGUCUGCAUUCUCAGUCUGAACAGUUUUAUUUACUCUGCUUUUAACUAUUUACCUUACUCAAUCUCACUUGUUGUUAACUUACUCUGCUUCUCACUAACCGGUCAACUCAGUCGCAGUAGCUGUUAACUUACUCUGCUUCCAACUAUUCGGUCAGCUCUGUCUCAAUUUCUGUUAAUAAAAUCUGCGUCUAGCUAUUCGUCAGAAUUAGUCUCAAUAGUGCAAACUUACUCUGCUUUUAGCUGUCAUUGUACAUUGCCUAUUUGGUCCACUCAGUCUCAGUUGCUGAUAUUUUACUCUGACUUUAGCUUGUUUUGGUCCACUCAGUCUCAGUUGCUGUCAAUGUACAUUCCUCUAGCUAUUUGGUCCACUCAGUCUCAGUUGCUCUCAAUGUACACUGCCUCUAGCUAUUUGGUCCUCUCAGUCUCAGUUACUGUCAUUGUACAUUGUCUCUAGCUAUUUGGUCCACUCAGUCUCAGUUGCUGUCAAUGUACAUUCCUCUAGCUAUUUGGUCCACUCAGUCUCAGUUGCUGUCAAUGUACACUGCCUCUAGCUAUUUGGUCCUCUCAGUCUCAGUUACUGUCAUUGUACAUUGUCUCUAGCUAUUUGGUCCACUCGGUCUCAGUUGCUGUCAAUGUACAUUGCCUCUAGCUAUUUGGUCCACUCAAUGUCACUUGCUGUCAAUGUACAUUGCCUCUAGCUAUUUGGUUCACUCAGUGUCAGUUGCUGUCAAUGUACAUUGUCUCUAGCUAUUUGGUCCACUCAGUAGCACUUGCUGUCAAUGUACAUUGCCUCUAUAUAUUUGGUCCACUCAGUCUCAGUUGCUGUCAAUGUACAUUCCUCUAGCUAUUUGGUCCACUCAGUCUCAGUUGUUAUCAAUAUACAUUGUCUCUAGCUAUUUGGUCCACUCAGUGUCACUUGCUGUCAAUGUACAUUGCCUCUAUAUAUUUGGUCCACUCAGUGUCAGUUGCUGUCAAUGUACAUUGUCUCUAGCUAUUUGGUCCACUCAGUCUCAGUUGCUGUCAAUGUACACUGCCUCUAUCUAUUUUGUCCUCUCAGUCUCAGUUACUGUCAUUGUACAUUGCCUCUAGCUAUUUGGUCCAUUCAGUCUCAGUUGCUGUC